AUGGUGGAGCAGCAGCAGAGUGAGCAACCGCAGGCGCACAGGGCCGCGCGUGACCGCGCGAGCUCGGGCAUGCUGCGCAAGGAGCUGGACAUGCGCCUCACGGCCUACGUUCCGGCUGUGGUGCGGCGGCACCUCGAGCGGCAGGACCUGCAGCGGCCGCUGCCCAUGCCCACGACCCACCGCACCAUGGUGGUCAGCAUGUUCGCGGACGUGUCGGGCUUCACAGCCAUGACCGAGUCGCUGGCUGCGCGCGGACCGGUAGGCGCGGAGGACCUGGCCAAGCACCUGAACUCGUACUUCGAGCAGCUGCUGCGCCUCGUGUCCAGCGCCGGCGGAGACGUGUUUAAGUUUGCUGGAGAUGCCAUGCUCAUCUUCUGGCCGGAGAGCAAGGAGGACACCAUGGACAGCUUGCUGCGUCGUGCGUUGCAGUGUGCACUGCGCAUUCAGUCGCACCUGCAUGAGGCAGAGCUGGCCCGUGGUGUCGUGCUGAGCGUCAAGGUCGGAGUGGGGAUCGGCGAGGCCACGAUCGCGCACCUUGGAGGCGAGAGCGAUGGGGCCACUACUCGCAUUGAGUAUGUUGCGGUGGGGCCAGCCUUGGAGCAGGCCUUCAGUGCAGAGCACAACGCUGAGGCCGGAGAUGUGAUUUGCUCCAGUGAAUGUUGGAAGCGUGUUAGUGAGUUUUUCGAUGGCGCACCUGUUCAAGGCCAUGGUGACGAGAUCGCCCAUGGCAGCGGGUUCCACAAGGUCACAGGAGUGAACAAGCCGAUCAAGAUCUGUUCACGGCGGCCAUCUUUCACGCGUCACGAUGCACUUCUCCACACGCGCAUGAAACAAUACGUUUCUCGGGCUGUGUGGCCCUACUUGGAUGCACACGACGAGUUCUGGGGCUCCGAACUGCGAGACGUCACUGUGUUAUUUAUUAACCUCGGCUUCAGUGAACAAGAUCUAUCCCAAAUGCUCGGAGCAAAAGAGCUGCAGCGUCUGCAUGACGCGUUUGCCAACGUCCAAAAGUGCGUGUACGACUAUGAAGGCACCAUAAACAAGUUUCUUGUGGACGACAAGGGCAGCACUGUUAUCGCCGCCUUUGGUUUGCCUCCAGUGACCCACGAAAACGACCCUAUUCGAGGCAUCUUGGCUUCUCUCGCCAUCUGCGCCGCUCUUGGAAACACUGGGCUCAAGGCCUCGGUUGGCAUCACGACGGGAACAGCAUUAUGCGGAGUUGUUGGUCACCAAGGCAACCGGCGAGAGUACACCGUGCUGGGCGACAUUGUAAAUCUUUCGGCCCGCCUCAUGCAGCGCGCGAAAUCGGAAGGUGGUGGUGUGAUCACAGAUGCCCCGACAAAGAUCUACACGCAGGACGUGCUGCAUUUCGAGAUGCGUCCGGAGAUUAUGGUCAAGGGCAAGAACGAAAGCAUCAAGAUUCACCGACCAUACCCACGAAUGUCGAUUCUGUUGGACUAUCACCUAUCGUCAGCUAUCCAGCAAUCCUCGCGGAAGACCAAGUUCAAUUCUGUAAGACCCGCGGGCGGAAUUGUGGGGCGUACUGGACGAGCUAACGCGUUGUCUGUUGUUAGCCGUGCUGCGCCGAUGCAGAACUUGAUGGAGAACAUGCACCGUGUGCAGGUGCGAGAUGCCCAGCGAAGAAUGUCAUUACGUGCUGAUCGCCAACGUCUACCAGCUGAAGAACUCGUUGAGACUGAAAGCUUCAUGGAGGUUCGCACAGCACUUCUGGACAAGUGCUCACAUCUCAAUCCGUUUGCUCCUUGCGGGGCUUUUAUUCUCGAAGGUGAUAUCGGUGUUGGAAAAACGGUGGUACUUCGAUCGGCCCUUGCGAGUCCCGAAGCUGGAGACUACCAGGUGCUGGUCGGCACUGCUAGUCCGUUCUCCACGAAGAAGCCGUACGCGAUUUGGUCGGAGCUCAUUACCAGAGGCGCGAGAGAUAUGUCGGGGGCCAAUAUCCAUGUAAACGCCGAGCCCGCGCCUCCCCUUUCUCCAGACGUUGCGAACACAUCAGCCUCAAACCCUGUCGUUCAAGCACCAAGCAGAGUGGCUGAAGCGGAGCGCCGCAAGUGCGUGGCGCAAUUUGUGAGGCAGAAGAUUUGCGAGGGGGCCGCUCCCAACACGACGCUGGUUCGAUACGCACCUCUGUUGAAUACGAUCCUGGACACGGACUUCGACGCUUACCCUGACGUAGCUGAAGGUCUACGAAGUAUCACCGUCCCUGACGAAGACAACAAGAGCGAGUCUGCAAAUCAGGAAUGUACCAACCAGAGCGAUGAGGAAACGACGGAGGAGAAUCAAAAACAAAACGAAGAAGAGAUGCGCGCUUGCGGGUACGCCUUUGCUGAGAGUCCCGAUCGGAAACUAAACGUGAAGGAAGAGGAGAUCGCAGCGUGGUUCCUCGGGCUCCUCGAGAUGGAUCUAGCCCAGAAAGAAGAGGCUCGGGCGUCGUUGGGUGAUUCUACUUGUGCGUACACUAUGCAGGAGACGGUCGACGAGCAAGACGAAGAAAGUGAGUGGAGGCCGGUGAAUCUCGAUCUCAGUGGUAUUCUGCUUCUGUGUGCUCUGUAUGCCAUGUCACGUGAACGUGCCACCGUGUUCUGCCUCGAUAGCGCCAUGCACAUGGACGAAAAGUCGUGGACCUUGGUUGCUAUCAUCGCAAAAUACUUCACCAAUUGUUUGAUCGUCGUUGGCACGAGACCACCCAGCUUGGCUCUGGGUGAGAACACGGAAAGCUCCUCGUUCCGCAAGCAGUUGCGCCUGCUGAAGCGCAUGAAGUCGUCAACGCAUACAUCCCUCGAAAUAUUCAGCAGCGAUGAGAUUGAGGUGCUUUCACGACAGAUUCUGAAAGUGCCGGCGAUUCCUAGCAACCUCUUGGCAAUUCUCGUAUCGCGGUCCCAAGGAAACCCCCUCUUUCUGCAUGAAAUCAUCGCCGAGAUGCAGGAGCAGCAAGUGAUCCAGGUGGACGAAAAGAGGGGCAUUCGCAAAUGCGAGCUGCACGUGCAGGAAUCUUGGGGCGACAAGUCAAAGGCGCAGUUUUGCUUUGCUUGCCAUGUCAGCUUCAAGAAAGAAAAAGACAAGGACAAGGACGCGGACGAAGAGACAGCUAAGAAAACCAAGCACCAAUGCAAGUGCUGUGGAUACAUCUUUUGCGCGGAAUGUACCCCGAAGGCGUGUCAUAUUAAGCUUCCGGGCAAGUCUACCGAGCCCGUUCGCCACUGCCGCACCUGCUACAAUCUCGCAUCAUCCCGUCGACCCAGUGGUUCAUCUCAUGGCAUCGGAGCCACUGUUGGUACCCUGAACGACAAGCGGCUGCGCCCCAAAGGUCGAUUUCGCUCCAUGUUUCAGUCUGGAAAUGUUGGAGACCAAGCAGUAUCGGUAUCAGCGUCGUCAAAAUCUCCCCCUGUGUCUGGUGCUCAGAUGUUGACCAACCGCAUCGCGCUACGACCGCCUCGAACCGUGAAGAGCGUGCUAACUACCAUGCUUGACCAGUUAACGGUCUCGCAGCGAAUGCUCAUGAAGACAGCCAGUGCUAUUGGACCCGUGUUUGAUAAGGAUACACUCCGCGGCACGUGCCCUAUUGAGGCACACCUUUCACGAUUCGUCCAAGAUCUCGAAGACCUGGAGCAGUUGGCAAUGAUCCGCCGAAUCGACACGUUCAUCGGUGGUGUUCCCGCGGCGUCCACCCAUUCCCCAGGGACUACUGGAGCUAUCCUCAUGACAAGACAAACAGCGCCACCAAGCAGCCACUUGAAGGUCAAGUUCGAGUUCAAUCACGGAUUCAUGUGCGGUGUCAUCCGGGAGCAAAUGCUACGAGGUCAGCUGGACAAGCUCAACUCCCGCAUUGCCGAUUUCCGUGAGCAGCAGCAAAAGGAGCUACGUCACAAGUUCUUCGCCAAGGCCAACGAGAGUCUUUCUCGCCCGGUGCAGUUGAAUGUCUCGACUUCUGUUGAUGGUGGUGGUUUCGUGCGCCGCGCACUCACUCCAACCGGCGCGGGUAUGGGCAACUCGCGAUCUCCCGUGUUGAGUGACGCGAGACGGCAGCGUCGGCGCAAUUCGCACUCAAGCAUCGAAGUUUUUGGAGCCGAUCGAUCUCAUUACGCGGCCCUCUCGAGCAAUACAAACACUGGGUCGUCGGAUUCAUCGCCCGAAUCGUCCACGACGCAGCAGCGGCACGAGAGCGAGUACGACGACGAACUGUCACCGGUGGUUAGUCCAAACUACGCCUCCACCGUUUCGUUGUUCACGUCGAGCAACACUUUUUACGCGCUGCCGACGUUCACGCGCCUGAAGGCUGGUCGCGUACUUGUCAAGAAGUACUGCAGCAUGUUCUCGCACCUGAAGCUCAAGGGUCUCAAGAACGCUCGGCAGUGGAAGAACCGCUACGCCGUCCUGCAGAACGCCCGCUUGCUGCUUCAAAAGUACGAAGGCGAUCCCAUUGGGAACGCGAACGACUCUGCACCGCUGAAGCAAGGCACGAAGCACAGCACGAUCCUUUCCCUCAAGGGCGCUAAGGUCUGCGCGUGCGACCCGGAGAUGGCGUUGAAGGUCAACUGCUUCCAGGUCGAGAUCUCUGAGUGGACCAAGAAGGGCAAACUCCUCAAGGAUCAGCGCCGCUCCGUCGUCAUCGGCGUCGAGAGCGAAGAGGAGGUCGAGAGCUGGGUCUACCUCAUCCGCUACGCCAUCGAAUCGCUCGAAAGUCAGCCCGUCAGCCCGCAGCAGUAG